GUCUCACCAUGCUGCGGUUUCAGAAAGACACAUGUAAACGUUACACAAGGAAGCAGCUAGUAGAGUGUCGCUGUCUGAGAACGCCCGCAAACUUCGGCGUCUUCUCCGCCCCCAGGUUCCGUGUAGUGCAAGGCUCCUCAAGUGGUUGCCAUUUCUACAGCUGGCACAACGACACUGUCAAUGCGGUGGUCCUGCUUGCUGUUCUGGCGGAAGGUCAACAGUGCCAGUUUCUCUGUGAAGUGGACAUGUUCCACGUUGACCACCACAGGAAUCACACGUUUGACCGGCUCUACACCGUCACACACAGCCUCAGUCGUGCACCAA